GAAGAGGGGGGCAUCCAUGCCAGGAGCUGGCCUCAACUCAGGGUAGUGUGCUGCCAAAGGCAGGGAGGAUAACGAUCAGGUGUCACCCAGAGUCUACAGGAGAGCUUCAGCAUUUCCAAGGAAGAUUAACAGUGAAUACCCGGAUGGCACACUCUGAGCUCUGGGCCCUGUGACUUCUGAAUUCUGGAUGAGGAAGGAAGAAAUGGGUCUCCAUGGAACUGUGGAUGGUGUUUGACUCAGGCAGCCAAUAGGAAGUCAGCGAGCUUACAGGUAUCGUGGCCAUGGACAGGGCCUUGGAAGAGGCAAAAGGGACAAGCAUUUGAGCACAUGAAGCAUUUCCAAGGAGUCUGCAAGUUGGUGACGAGCAGCUUCUGGAGUAGGCCUCUCCAAUCUCCGUAGACCCAUGGAGACCACGGUAGAUGUUCUCUGCAACUGGGGUGAGAAGAGAGAAGAAGCAGCCGGCUUGGUCCAACAGAGUUCCAAGGACGAUUUCUGAGGCAUGGGGCAUCCAUCAGGGUGGGAGGAGAGAGAAGUGAGUGCUACGAUGCCGGAGCACAGCUGAGGCGCACAGACACCUAGCAACCGACUCCUCUCCUGCAGAAUUCAUUGCUUGCUGAAUAAUAUGCUGCCUUUGCAAAGGGACGCGAAACUCGUGCCUCAAAGACGUGUUCUUCAGCCUUUGCAGUAGACCUGUUCUCAAGACCAUGGCUUCAAAAGUCUCCUGCCUCUAUGUUUUGACCGUUGUGUGCUGGGCCAGCGCUCUCUGGUACUUAAGCAUCACCCGACCUACUUCUUCCUACACUGGCUCAAAGCCAUUCAGUCACCUAACCGUUGCCCGGAAAAACUUCACCUUUGGCAACAUAAGAACUCGACCUAUAAACCCCCACUCUUUUGAGUUUCUGAUAAAUGAACCCAACAAAUGUGAGAAAAACAUUCCUUUCCUUGUGAUCCUCAUUAGUACCACACACAAGGAAUUUGAUGCCCGCCAGGCCAUCCGGGAGACUUGGGGGGAUGAGAACAACUUCAAAGGGAUCAAGAUAGCCACUCUUUUCCUCCUGGGCAAAAAUGCUGAUCCUGUUCUGAACCAGAUGGUGGAGCAAGAGAGUCAGAUCUUCCAUGACAUCAUUGUGGAGGACUUCAUUGACUCUUACCACAACCUCACCCUCAAAACCUUAAUGGGGAUGAGAUGGGUGGCCACUUUCUGUUCAAAAGCCAAGUAUGUCAUGAAGACCGACAGUGACAUUUUUGUGAACAUGGACAACCUUAUUUAUAAACUUCUGAAACCCUCCACCAAGCCGAGAAGAAGGUAUUUUACUGGUUACGUCAUCAAUGGUGGGCCGAUCCGGGAUGUCCGCAGUAAGUGGUAUAUGCCUCGGGAUUUGUACCCUGACAGCAACUACCCGCCAUUCUGUUCAGGAACUGGCUAUAUCUUUUCCGCUGAUGUGGCUGAACUCAUUUACAAAACCUCCCUCCAUACCAGGCUGCUUCACCUUGAAGAUGUGUACGUGGGACUGUGUCUUCGAAAGCUAGGCAUACACCCUUUCCAGAAUAGCGGCUUCAACCACUGGAAAAUGGCCUACAGUUUGUGUAGGUACCGCCGCGUCAUCACCGUCCACCAGAUCUCUCCGGAAGAAAUGCACAGGAUCUGGAACGACAUGUCAAGCAAGAAGCAUCUCAGAUGCUAGGGUUUUUAUUGAUGUACAUACGUUUCUUUUCUAAGAAAUGGAGACUAAGGUGUUGGUAUUUUGUGGGUGUCACCAAGGGAAAAUGAACUGGUAAGGGGUUUUGUAAAGUCUUUGCUUCCUGUUCCUGGUUCCUUUCUUGGAUCACUAAUUUACAAGUAUUGGGCUCAGUCAUGGAAACAGUAAGUGCAUUAGGAGGGCCAGAUUUCACUCUCAGGUCCUAAGACAUUGUCAUUUGUUUCCAAAAGUGAUUCUAAAUAACUGCUAGGAUUGUGCACUGCGCAUCUGAGAUCAAAAAAAUCUGGGUCAGGAAAUGGAAAUUCACACUAAGGUCUUCAUAUCAUUGCUGCAAAAAUAAAUAGUAACUCUUUAGGGGAAAAAAAAAACCAAGCCAGAAAAGAUACAUAGUCAGGAAGCCACACUGGAUGUGAUUUUUAAUGCUGGGUGUUAUUGUCACUUUGGAUUUUUGCAUAUAUUGCCACAGAAUGUGUACAGAAUCCGUGAUUCUACCAAUAAUUGAUUUUAUCUUAUCCCUGGUAGGGAGGCUGUGAUGAGAUAGAUGGGAAUUGAAACUUGAGAAUCAGUUAUUCUGUAUGAAUAGAAACACGUAGGCUUAUACUUUCAAGGAUUAAAUCUGGUCAGCAGGUGGGUUGUACAUAAAAUGCUACUCCAAGUAAGCAACUAAACACAUUUUUUUUUCAGAACAGAUAUUACAUGGUGCCACCGAGGAGACUGCCAAAUGUAGUACUGUCACCUGCUUUUUUCCAUAUAAUGUCUUUAAGUGCAUUUUACAGUUCUUUGAUCAGGCAGGUGUCUGUCUCCAUGUGUAGAAAAUAAGUUAGUAGGAGGUCCAGAAACAAUACAUAGCAGUUGAUAAAAUGCAAAUUUAGGCAUCCAUUCUAACUAGCAUAAGCUUAGCAACAGUGUACAAUGCCCCUCUCACAUGUUUGCAAAGCAUGUGAGACAAAUCUUUAACAGGUACCAGUGUUAUUGAAAGAUGUGGCCCUGCUA